GUAGUUGACACCCUGACAUUUCAUUGAAAAAAAAUUGAAAAAAAAAGAAUAUUUAGCAAAUUUCGUAUUAAAAUUUGAUUAUGAUUAUAUUAAGUUCUUAAAUAAUGAAUUCAGACUCAUCCAGUGAUUCUAUGCCUCUAUCGCGAAGCAUCCAUACAAAUACACUUUCAACAAGAUCCGAAGUUGAUUUGAAAAUCAUCGAAAAUAGAUUGCGAACAUAUUCAAAUUGGCCACUAGAAUUUAUAACUCCAGAACAGCUUGCACAAGCUGGAUUUUAUUAUUUAAAUAUUGCUGAUCAAGUUAAAUGUGCAUUUUGUAAUGGAAUCAUCGGACAAUGGGAAGUUAAUGAUCAGCCUCUUCAAGAACAUCGAAAAUUCUUUCCUGAUUGUCCCAUCGUACGACAACAAGAACUUCAACAAGAAGAAAUCGGAAUACAAUCUGUAAGAACGCCUAAGUCACCAGAAUUCAGCACAUUAGAAUCGAGAACAAGAUCAUUCAACACUUGGAAUUCAACGAUACAAGAUCCUUCACUUCUUGCACAAGCUGGAUUCUUCUAUUUAGGAACUGGUGAUGAGGUCAGAUGUUUUUACUGUGACGGAGGAUUAAGAAAUUGGCUACAAAAUGACGAUCCAUGGUUUGAACACACAAGAUGGUUUCCUAAAUGUCCACAUGUGAUGCUCGUGAAAGGUUCAAAUUAUAUCAAAAGAGUCAUACAACGUUCCACGGAGAAUGGUGGCAAUCAAUCAGGGAAUCAAUCAAUGCCAGCCACUCCAACGAUAACAGUUGACGAUGCGAUGAACGCUCAAGCAGCUUUGGAUGCACUAGCAAUGGGUCUGAAUGCAGGAAGAGUUCGUGCAGUUGUACAAAGACGAUUAAAUUUAACGGGACGAAUGUUUAACGACACUGAAACACUUGUGUCAGCAGUUCUCGAUGGGCAAAUCGAAGAUGAAGGCUUUGAUAGUUCCGAAGCAGAUGAUCAAAGAGUGACAAAUCAAGUGACGCAACUUUUACUCUCAGCAGUAUCAUCCGUAGGUCUCAAUAGUGAUGAAACUGAACGAGCAACAUCCAGCAGUUCUAUCAUAUCCCCGGCUGUACCUGAAAUGAGCGUAAUGACAGAAGUUGGUGAAGAACCACGACAACCUUCAGAUGAACGUCGAUUAAAAAAUGUCGAAUGCAAAAUUUGUAUGGCAGAGGAAGUGGGAGUUGUUUUCUUACCUUGUGGUCAUCUUCUUUCAUGUGUUAUGUGUGCACCUGCUAUGGUGACUUGUCCAUUGUGCCGUCAAUACAUAAGAGGACGUGUGAGAACUUUCCUUUCAUAAUCUUCUCGCUUAAUUAUUUUCUUUUUAUUUACCAAAUAAAAGAAUUUUCGAUUAAAUAAGAAUUUGAUCAACAAAAGAUUAAUUUGUCAAUGCAAAAAUGUUUCAUCGAUUAAUGUUGUGGAUAGCAAAUCAAAAAAAGAAGAAAUUUUGAAAGUAAUUUAAAUGAAGUUCGUGGUUGUAAUAUAUUUAAUUUUCAAUAUUUUCUUCAGAAAAUAUUUUCUGAAUUGCUUUGAGAUGAAUUUAAAAGAAAAGAAACGAAAUCAUAUAAAAGAUUAAAAUAAUUUAUGUAAUAAAGAGAAUGAUAAUUAAGAAUGUUCUCGUUUACGAUAUGUUUUAAGUUAAUUAAAUUAGGAAUUUAAUAAAAAAAGAAACAAUAAUUUAUGAGGAA